GCGAAAGUCGGAUUCCUGCUCGACGAGGUAACAGUUGACAGGAUCGAGGAUCUCGUCUUUCAGGAUGAUCGCUGGGAGAGGGCCUUGAAACAUCUCAGCGCAGAGCCAGGCUGGGGCAAAGAAGCCGCCACACAGCUUCUGCGGAAAGGCGCAGAAGCCUACGGCUUCUGGCAGCUUCCGGAUGAG